UUAUUCAGCUAUAUAAGAGGGCGCGUUUUGCCUACAUCCACACAGUCAGCAGCACUCUUCUAGCCGCAGCACAAGACCAAGUCAACACACACUACCACAACAUGUUCAAGCUGGUACUCCUCGUCGCCACUCUGGCCUGCGCUUCCGCCGGAAUCAUCCCCUCCUACGCAGGCUAUGGAUACGGCUCUCUCGGUCACGGCGUCGCCGUCGCAGCCCCAGCCGUGAGCUACGCCGCUCCAGCAGUGAGCUACGCUGCUCAUGCCGCCCCCGUCGUAAGCUACGCCGCUCACUCCGUCCCGGUUGCCGUAGCUGCUCACGCCCCAGUGGCCACCAGCUACGCGAAUACCUACAAGGUCUCUUACGGCGCAGCCCCCUUAGCUAAGGUCGUCGCCGCCCCCGCCCUCGCCUAUGGACACGGACUGGGAUACGGAUAUUCCGCAGGGUACGGACACGGUCUUGGUUACGGAUACGGUGGAUACGGAUACGGCCACGGCGGAUACGUCCACUAAGUCAUUAAUAACGGAUCGCUCAACCUAUGCAUGAAUUGUAUAUAGUUAUAUACGCUAGUCGUCCUGCACAUACGUGUAAUUAACAGAACGACAUGACACCUGCGACAACCGCGAUGAAAUCCAAAGUAAACGAAAUUAAUGACCAUCCGAUGUAAUGUGAAAUAAAAUGCAAAUUUCUUUAACGUAA